CGAGCUAUUCCUUCACCAACUACGUUCCACCAUUGCCUAGACAACCUUUCCUACUUCACAGGACACAAGUGGGCUUUGCUAGAUAUGCUCGAGCUUCAAUGAUCUCGCUAUUCAGGCUAUCCGCGCAGUGAUUGCAGCCUCUAUGCUUUUCGCUUGGUUUCGUCUAUCCUCGCCAUUCCGCCGACGCGCCUCUUACGGAUAGCACAAUGGCUUUUCAGGGCACACCUGUCCUUGACCGGUUUCUUACUUCGCUGGCCGAAAUAGUGCGCGACCGGGAUGGCGCAAAGCUCCAAGACUUCUUGCAAAUUGAACCACCGCUGCCCGACGUGUACAGACAGAUGGUCGAUGAGUUGCGACAACACUACGCGAAUGGAUCAACAAAAGAAGCAGAGUUGCUUCGGCGGUGCGAAGGACUUGUCCCCAAGUCCAAAGGGAGUAGCGCGUGGACGGCUUUCCCGACAUUCAUGAAGCUUUACUUCUGCUUCUUGCGCGAUGUCAAUGUCGAUAAUCUGCUCGAGACUUAUGAUAUGUUGAAAAUGCUGCUCAAUCAGUGCGUAAUGGCACUCGGUGACAGCCAAUUCGGUAUCGUUGUUUUGCCCACGGUAUUAUACCUCUCCAAGGUAUUGGCGAAGCUGGCCAUGGGCUUGGACCGCCGACCUGAACUAAUUGCCCAUCUCCUGAGACUUGAGGGAGGCGCCGAUCAAGACGAGAGUACAGAGAAGGUUACAUUAGUGGAAAAGUCUGCGAAUGUGGUUCGAGAAGCGUUCAUCAAGUGCCUCACCGACCGCAGUGGUACACCCGGGGUUCAUGGAAAGCCGGAGGGCAAAAGGGUCGGGAUUUAUCUCAUGGCUAAUCUGUGCCUUAAGCUGCUCUUUCAGUGCGGAAAACUUAGAAACGCCGAGCAAAUGUUCGCAAGUAUCUCUGCGCAGUCUCCCCCACUGAAACACUUCCCUGCUUCCCAGAGGGUAACCUACCUCUAUUACCUUGGACGAUACCUGUUCUCAAACAACCUAUUCUUCCCCGCACAGAUCGCACUACAAUCGGCUUACGACCAGUGCCACCGUCAAGCGAUAAACCAGAAACGCCUUAUUCUCACAUACCUUAUCACAUGCAACAUUAUAAUGGGACGCUUCCCGUCACUACAACUGCUCCAGCGACCUGAGGCAGAGGGAUUAGCUGAUAAGUUCCUUCCAGUUUGCCAACUCAUCGUUCGUGGAGACUACAUUGCUUUCCGAGAUCACCUCACUGUAAACUCUCCGGCAACAGAAUGGUUCGCUAGAAAAGGCAUCCUCCUGCCGCUGCGAAAUCGAUGUGAGAUACUUGUGUGGCGCUCGCUUGCACGGAAGGUCUUCAUCCACGGUGGCUUCCACGGAGACCCCCAGGGCCAAGCUCAAAGAGGUCCGCCUCCAUUCCUGUACCUCACAAAACUCGAAGCUGCUGUACGGUGGCUACAGGCCCAACAUCCAACAUCACAUCCUAUGCCAACCACAUCUGCCUUCGGAAACAACCUUCCCUUAGCAGCAAGCAAGAGUCAAUCUGGAUCACAGAUUGUGGCAAUAGCUCCGGAUCCAGACUUUGACUGCCUUGACGGCCCUGAUACCAAUGGGACUGCCCUCAAUUCAUCUUUACUGUCAAAGUACGAGGACUACUUGUGUCCAGACGGCUUUUUCGACGAGACAGGCCAAUGGCAGUCAAAUCCAACCAAAGCCCUAGUAGACGGCACUCCCGACUCGGACUAUAGCAAGUACGAAUUAAACCCGUACGCCGAGCCAACCGACGAAGGCGACAAACCCUCGCCUCUAAUGCGCGAGAUUGAAUCGAUCCUCGCUUCUCUCCUAACCCAGGGUCUGAUGCGCGGGUAUCUCACCCACCGGAACCCGCGAUUUGCUAUCCCUGGUGCGCGACUGCGCGGGGCUUUGCCCACAGGGUUCCCUAACGUCUGGAAGACGAUCUAUGCCCGGGAAUCGGAGGAUACUGGCGUUCCGGGCUGGGUUCAACCGCCGCCGACUACGACGAUGGGCGUUGCUGCGGCGUUGGGGGGUGGGGGAAGAGUGGUGAAUCUCUCUGGUGUGCGGCCUGUCGGAGUCCAGUAGCCUAUUAGUUCGCUUAUUCACGCUACUCUAUGCGCACAGGUUCGCAAUCACUUUACCUAACGGGCGGGACGCUAAUUUGAAAGCACUAUAUGCUUAUCUGUGCUAUGGCUCCAGCAGUCUCACCACCCCUCUUUGUUCGAUGCUAGAAUGCGCCGCCGAGUGCGCAGGACAGAGAUCAGCUAGUCGAUGGACGAGGGCAGCGACAAUGGUAUAUUCCAUUCAUACCGAUAAAAGGCACAAGGGUUUGUACCUGAUUCGUGACCAUUAAAAGACCAGGGCACGAACGUGCGCUUGGUUACGAGAACGGGGGACAGUAUGUGCCUCUUGAGCUCACCGAGGGGAGAUCUCGAUUGUCUGAUCAGGUGAGAUUCUUUCUAUGAACAACUAUUAGAUUAGAAACCAUUUCAUUCUUGCUCAACGCUCGACCACA